AUGGAUGGAAAAACGGGUUUUGAGUGUUUGAGAUUCGGCAGUGAUUUGAGUAUCUGUCUGAUAUGCAGUGGAGAAUAUAGUAAUAGUGAAAGAUUCUCAGUGCCAAUGCAUUUAUUUGGCAGCAUCCUACUGAUCAUCUGCGCCAUUAUUGCAAUCGAAGCCUGUCCAUCAAAAGGACCUCCCGGUGCCCCAGGUCUGCCAGGACGAGAUGGACGAAAGGGAAGUCCAGGAAAAAAAGGGCAACGGGGAGCUGAAGGAGAAGAAGGAGAUCGUGGAGCAGCAGGAGUCACAGGGUAUCAAGGUGAUCCAGGUCCUCCGGGAGAUGCGGG